AGAGGAAAUAAGCUGUCAUUUGAUGUUUUUAUUAUAGUGGUGCAUGCAUGUGACUUCUUUAGUGCUUUCUUCAUCCCUAGUCACUAACUAACAACUUCCUAUAUUUGUUUUUGCCUCUUGCUACUUUAUUUUUAUGUGAAUUUAAAUAUUUAUUUGUGUUGUCUUUAUAACAUUCCCAAUUCAUUUUUUGCUUCUUUAGGUGAGUAUUAUAAAUUUUAUCAAAAGAUUAGCAUGCCAUGUUGGAACAAAUACAAGAUUUAGAUUACUUUUUCUUUUACAACACAACAACAAAAAUUACUAUUAGUAGUUAUUGAAUUGAUGAGAAGCGAAAAAAUAUCAGUGUUUUCACACUUCAAUAUUUUAAUGAAAAUCUGUUUUUCACCAUGUAUUUCUCAGUGAACUGUUUCGGUGAAAAAAUUACUAGCACUUGACAAAUUAAAUAUUAGUGAAAUAGUUUAAGUGAAAUUAAUUAGUACUACUAUUUAUAUAAAGUCGCACUAAACCUUUCAAAAGAAAUUACACAAGAAAUAAUGGAUAGGUUGAUCAGUAAUUGUCAGCUUCUUCACUUAAUCCUCCUUCUACUCUCUAUCAUGUCAAAUACAAGCUGUAUUAAUGCUCAGCUCCAUCGCGAUUUUUAUCGGAAUUCGUGUCCGAACGUAGAGUCCAUCGUCCGAUCAGCAGUUGAACAGAAGUACAGACAGACCAUUGUUACAGCAGCUGCAACUCUUAGACUCUUCUUCCAUGAUUGCUUUAUUCAGGGUUGUGAUGCUUCGAUCAUACUGAGAUCCUCAGGAAAUAACACAGCAGAAAAGGAUCAUCCAGACAAUAUAUCACUUGCUGGAGAUGGGUAUGACACUGUUAUUAAAGCUAAAGCUGCACUUGAUAAUGUUCCUGCUUGCAAGAACAAAGUAUCAUGUGCUGAUAUUUUAGCCAUGGCUACUAGAGAUGUCGUUGCAUUGGCAGGAGGACCACAUUAUGCUGUUGAAUUAGGAAGAAGGGAUGGCAGAGUUUCUUCACAAAAUAGUGUACCUAACAAUUUACCUCAUUCUGAGUUUCACUUGAAGAAGCUCCUUCCUAUGUUUGCGUCUCGCGGUCUCUCUAUCAGACAUUUGAUUGCCCUCUCUGGAGCACAUACACUAGGAUUUUCACAUUGCAACCAGUUCUCAAACAGGAUAUACAGCUUCAACAGCAAACGCAAGGUUGAUCCAACAAUUAAUGAAGUUUAUGCUAAGGAACUACAAGAAAUGUGCCCACAGAAUGCAUCUCCUGGAGUAGUUAUCCCCUUGGAUCCAGAUACCCCUCAAGUUUUCGAUAACAUGUAUUUCAAGAAUCUUCAAAGGGGGAAAGGGCUUUUCACUUCAGACCAGACACUAUAUACUAAAAGAGGAUCAAGGAAUAUAGUCGAUUUGUUUGCAUCAAACAAGACAGCUUUUGAAAGGGUUUUCAUUGCUGCCAUGACAAAGCUUGGAAGGUUCGGGGUCAAAACUGGAAAUCUUGGUGAAAUUCGAAAAGAUUGUGCUGUAGUGAACUAAGUAAACAGAAUAUAGAGUAGAUUCUAGGACCAUUGUGCAUCACUUGUUUCAAAUUCCAAUAAUCUCGCAAUAAGGUUUAAUCUUGUUAAUGAAGAUUCAAAGUAGGUAAAAACUGA